AUGCCGGCAAUUCAUCCUUCACUGCUCAAUAGAUCUCUUGAUACUCCCAGCAGUGCCAGUAAUGCCCUGCAGGUGAUUUGUGCCUGGCCAGUUUCUGGUCAGUAUGGACCCGGAACUCGAGUUUUAUACUAUGUCCUUAUAGCAACCUGCGUCUUCGGUCGCCGGGCUGAAUGGAUCAGAAAUGCUUGUCUGGCUGCUGCCCUACUAUUCCCAGCCGUCGCUGGCCUUCAUGGAAUUGUGCUUGCAUCCUUACACAAUGAUGACGCAGUUGAUAUGGACGUCUUCGGGGCAUUUCAAUUUUGCUCAAUCGGCGUCUUGACUGCCCCGGUCACUGUCCGACUCUCUCGAACCUACUUCAAUGAACCUGGUCGAAACAUCAUCUUUCUCUGGACUGGACUCAUUCUCGCGGGACUUGUGAGCUUAACGGUGGAGUUUUAUCGGAUCACAACUCAUAACUGCAUGGUGGCCGGCCACCCAUUAUCCAAGAACUCCAUGGAUUUCCUCUACGGAGAUACUACUUGUGGCCUCACUUGCUCCGUUGAAGAAGGCCCGUUCUCCCCCAUGCGAAGAGAUGCAGCAAACAACAUAUAUGUCAUCCCGGCACCAGAAAGGUUGACAUUUGGCGCUGCAACUCUGCUUGCCGCUGCUUGCUGUAUCCCGGCCGUCCUCUCGAUCGUUUCCAUGUGGAACAGGAUCCUUGAUCUUAAUUGGACGAGGCGUUUUGGAAAUCCGAAAAGAGACAUAAAAAGAGACGAAGAAGUGAUCGAGGGCACCAAUGGAGCGACCUUUGGGUCAAUGAAGAAUGUCAACGAGUUGAUCAGGUCGUUCUUGAGGGUUGUAGAAAUUCCGCUGUUUAGUGCAGCAGUGCUCGUCAUUAUUAUAAUUGGCGAGAGGAACUUUUUCAGCCAUCAGGUCCAGUACCAGACGGAGCCGAUUCAGAGCAUAGGGCAAUGGGCGCCGAUAGUUGGUGCUGGACUUGCUGUAAUCGGAUCUCUCUCUCUAUUUCUUGCAGUGGCCGUCGACGAUGAGCAAGUGGAGGCUGAAUCGGGGCUGAGCAGCACUCCCGCUAGUUCUCCCCGCUGGCGGCCGAGUAGCGACGAUGGGUCAGCAUCGACGACCCCCACUGAAUGGGCUACAGACCACCCCCAUAGUCCUCCGGAGGCCGCGAUGGGGAUAGUGCGGACGCCCACUCAAGGUACUGUACGGCAAUUGAAACGACAACAUACCGAGGACGUUGGUAAGAGGCGGAAAGUGGCCCAGAUGCUGAUCAAAUUCAGUGAACGUAUUAGCAACGCGGCGUACGAUCGAUAUAGUGGCACCGAUUUCAUGCGUGGCCCAGCCACCGGAUUUCCUGAAAUCCCUGGUGAGGACCUCAGGAACGGCGACCUAGAAAGAAUUCGGCGGUCAUACAAUCCACAUCUUACUGAACUGGCCACGCCAGUCUCUCCCGGGCAGACAUCGCGGAUGGGAAGCGUUGCUGGUAGCAUUUACUCCCACGUCGACCCUGAACAUAGUCCAACGGCCUUAAGGCCUGUCUCACCUACCCCUAGCAUAGCUAGAAGAUCACGAGCUAGCAUGUCUCAGGAUAGACGGCUAUCUGAGGUACAAGCGCCUACCUCAUAUUCUCCUAGCGCGGCAAGAAGUAGCUCAAGGCCACGCGGAAAUACGCUUGAAGUGCCAAGGGCACCGCCUCGAGCCCACAAUCCUGGAACGCGAAGCAGAUCGUCUACUGCUCCGGAUAGUUUCUCAGGCGGCUUGUCCAUCGCAGACACCGCGCCUGUGAUCAUCGUCUCUCCUGAUCUGGAUAUGCCCUCACCUGCACAAGAUUCACCUCAAAAUUCGCGUCCACGUCCUUGA